UUCAGCCGCGGGUUGUUCCUCCUGGUCGGACUCUCCUCACCACGCAGCGCGCGCACAGGUGAGGGGAAAGUGUAAGGGGGAGGGGUGAGUGGGUGAGGAGGAGCCUGACUCACGCACGCGCUCUCUGUCCCUCACGCAGACGCGCGCGCGGCGCGGCGGUGAGCAGAGCGCAGUUAUUUGGUGCCGCCGGUGCGGAGCAGUUUCAUCCCGCGUUUCUGCGGUGCGUGGAGGCUGAACCGCGCGUGAUAUCUGCUCUUCAUCUUCCUCCUCCUCCUGUCCCUCGCGCUCAUCAUCGGGCUCGUGCCGGACCAUGGCAUCGGUGCGGGACGCGGGCUGGGUGGGUUUUUCACGCCGCCUCAGACGGAAUGUGCGCGGCUGCUGCGGGAGUUAAAGGAGUGGAUCCUGUCUUUGUUUCUGGAAUCCUGGAAGAAUCCUGGAAUGUUCCUGGAAUGAUGGUGAGGAUGGUGCUGGAGCAACAAGCGUGCGGCGGCUCUGCGCACACUUUGCGCUGAUAGUGCGCCGCUGAACGCGGACUGUUGCGCCAGUUUGCGGGAUUCUGCGCUCAGACUUCCACACCAGGAAUGAACUUGUCUCUGGGAAUUCUCUCUCUCUCCUGAGAAGCGGCUCUUCUUUGCGUGGCGGUGCGUUUUCCUGGUCUGAGCGCUGAGGUUGGUGCGCAGGGGCGGAGGAAGCGGAUCCAGGGCCAUGGGCCGCCAGGCCAGCCGGCCCCCCCGGCUGCUCCGGAUGCUGUGGCUGCUUCCGGCUCUGCUGGAUGCGGCCGGAUCCCAGGAGAUCUACGCGCCGCACUCCAUCCGGGUGGAGGGCGACGUGACGCUGGGGGGGCUGUUCCCGGUGCACGGCCGCGGCGCCCCGGGCGCGCCCUGCGGCGACAUCAAGAAGGAGAACGGCAUCCACCGGCUGGAGGCCAUGAUGUACGCGCUGGACCAGAUCAACGGAGACGAGGAGCUGCUGCCCAACGUGACGCUGGGCGCGCGCGUCCUGGACACCUGCUCCCGGGACACCUACGCCCUGGAGCAGUCGCUCACCUUCGUGCAGGCGCUGAUCCAGAAGGACACGUCCGACGUGCGCUGCACCAACGGCGAGCCGCCCGUGUUCGUGAAGCCGGAGAAAGUGGUGGGAGUGAUCGGCGCGUCGGCCAGCUCUGUGUCCAUCAUGGUGGCCAACAUCCUGCGCCUGUUCCAGAUCCCUCAGAUCAGCUACGCAUCCACGGCCCCGGAGCUGAGCGACGACCGCCGCUACGACUUCUUCUCACGUGUGGUUCCUCCAGACAGCUUCCAGGCGCAGGCCAUGGUGGACAUCGUUAAGGCCAUGGGCUGGAACUACGUCUCCACGGUGGCGUCUGAGGGCAGCUACGGCGAGAAGGGGGUGGAGGCCUUCACGCAGCUCUCCAGAGAGGCAGGUGGAAUCUGCAUCGCUCAGUCCCUGAAGAUUCCCCACGAACACAAACCGUCGGACUUUGACAAAAUCAUCCGGCAGCUGCUGGACACCCGCUACGCCAGAACCGUGGUUCUGUUCGCCUCCGACGAGGACAUCAGGGGAAUCCUGAACGCCUCGAAGCGGGCCGAUCGGGUCGGACACUUCCUGUGGAUCGGCUCCGACAGCUGGGGGUCCAAGAACAGCCCCAUCCACCAGCUGGAGGACGCCGCCGUGGGCGCCAUCACCAUCCUGCCCAAGAGGGCCACCAUCAGCGGCUUCGACGCCUACUUCACGUCGCGGACCCUGGAGAACAACCGGAGGAACGUCUGGUUCGCCGAGUACUGGGAGGAGAACUUCAACUGCAAGCUGAUGAGCUCCUCCAAGAAGGACGACAGCAGCAGGAAGUGCACAGGUCAGGAGCGGAUUGGCGUCGACUCCAAGUACGAGCAGGAGGGCAAGGUGCAGUUUGUGAUCGACGCCGUGUACGCCAUGGCGCACGCGCUGCACAACAUGCAGCGGGACCUGUGUCCCGACGUGUCGGGCAUCUGCCCGGAGAUGGAGCUGGCCGGCGGGAAGAAACUGCUCAAGUACAUCCGCAGCGUCGGCUUCAACGGAAGUGCCGGCACUUCGGUGACGUUCAACAGAAACGGCGACGCUCCGGGUCGCUACGACCUGUUCCAGUACCAGCGGAGCAACGGAACCGGGUCGGGAUACAGAGCGGUGGGACAGUGGACCGAGACGCUGCAGCUCAACACGGAGGACCUGCGGUGGCCCCAAGGCGAGCCGGACGUCCCCAUGUCGGUGUGCAGCCUGCCCUGCAGGGCCGGGGAGAAGAAGAAGGUGGUGAAGGGCAUGCCCUGCUGCUGGCACUGCGAGCCCUGCGACGGAUACCAGUUCCAGGCCGACGAGUUCAGCUGCAAGCUCUGCGCCUACAACAUGCGGCCCGGCGCCAACCGGACCUCCUGCCGGCCCAUCCCCAUCAUCAAGCUGGAGUGGCACUCGCCCUGGGCGGUCAUCCCCGUGUUCCUGGCCAUGCUGGGCAUCAUCGCCACCAUCUUCGUCAUGGUGACCUUCGUGCGCUACAACGACACGCCGAUCGUCCGGGCGUCGGGCCGGGAGCUGAGCUACGUCCUCCUGACCGGAAUAUUCCUGUGCUACAUCAUCACCUUCCUGAUGAUCGCCAAGCCGGACGUGGGCGUGUGCUCCUUCCGGCGGGUCUUUCUGGGUCUGGGGAUGUGCAUCAGCUACGCCGCGCUGCUCACCAAGACCAACCGCAUCUACCGCAUCUUCGAGCAGGGCAAGAAGUCUGUGACGGCGCCGCGGCUGAUCAGCCCCACCUCCCAGCUGGCCAUCGCCUUCAGCCUCAUCUCCGUGCAGCUGCUGGGGGUUCUGGUCUGGUUCGGGGUGGACCCGCCCAACACCGUGGUGGACUUCGACGAGCAGAGGACCAUCGACCCCGAGCUGGCGCGGGGCGUGUUGAAAUGCGACAUCACGGAUCUGCAGAUCAUCUGCUCGUUGGGAUACAGCAUCUUGCUGAUGGUGACGUGUACUGUUUACGCCAUCAAGACCCGGGGCGUCCCGGAGAACUUUAACGAGGCCAAGCCCAUCGGCUUCACCAUGUACACCACCUGCAUCGUGUGGCUGGCCUUCAUCCCCAUCUUCUUCGGCACGGCUCAGUCUGCAGAGAAGCUCUACAUCCAGACCUCCACCCUCACCGUCUCCAUGAACCUGAGCGCCUCCGUCGCCCUCGGCCUGCUCUAUGUUCCCAAGGUCUACGUCAUCCUCUUCCACCCGGAGCUCAACGUCCAGAAGAGGAAGCGCUCCUUCAAGGCCGUGGUCACCGCCGCCACCAUGUCGUCCCGGCUGUCCCACAAGGCCGCCGACCGGCCCAACGGCGAGGCCAAGACGGAGCUGUGCGAGAACCUGGAGCCCAACAGUCCAGCAGCGAAGACCAAGUACGUGAGCUACAACGACGUUGUGAUCUAACGCCAUCCUCCAUCUGCAAGCGGUCUGCUGGUCCGAUCCUCUUCAGCCGGGGAAACGGGCCGCCGGUUCUGUUCUGAUCCACCGGAUCCGCUUUCCUCUGAGCGUGAACUCAUGGGACGAAGGCGUCUGACCUGACGGAGGGUCGGUGCUGAACCCAGAGCGUUCUGGAGGCUGAUCCAUCUGUCGCUCUCUUCCAUCGGACCCGUCCUUCGGUUCUGCUCGGUCUGGUGCCGGGAUGACUCUGGCCCCGCUGGCGGAUCCGUUCUGCUUCCUGGAUGAACAUCUCGUUGUUUUCUUUGUGUUUAUUGAAGCCAUGUUUGGGUUCACACCUGCAGCGCUGAGCUCAUGCUGCCACCUGGAGGCUGGAGGAGGAAACCCGUUCAGAACCAGUGGAACCGGUCCGCUGGUUCUGGACUGAGACUGAGGCGCGCGGUGAACACACCACCACCUUCACAGCUUCAUGUAAUUAUCGAUGGUGCAUGUUUUAUUUGGUUUGCAGGUCCAUGUUUGUGCUCUAACAUUGGGAACUCCACAUCCCAGAAGGCUUUGCAGGAUUGUGGGAGGAGCUUUGAGAGGAAGUAGCAGCUGUGAUGUGCCAGUGCCGUCGUUUGCGUGUGCGUCCGUUCCCAUCCUGUCCGGUUCCCAGCUUGUGUUUGCGGUUCCGUCUGUGGCUCUUUGUGUUUCUGUGGCGGAUCUGAGGCGCUGGUUUCUGUUAAUGUGCCUGUCCUGCAUGUCCAGUCCGACCCGGCUGACCUCCGGAGACCCGAAGCGUCUCCAGUUUACAGUGGUGGGCACACUUAAGCUAACAUGCUAAUGCGCUAACAGCAGAGCUAGUUUUUUGUUUGUCAUGUGCGUCAAAAGCUAAGAACAUUGUUAAAAAAAUAAAGCUGGGGUUUAUUGUGGUUUUUGUAGAGGAAAAACUCUAAAAGGAUUUUGGACUUUUGCUUUAUGGAGAGAAAAGCACAUUGUUUAUUGUUGGAAACAGGAAACAGGAUUUGGAUCGCUUUCUGUCAAAACGCUGGCCAUGUUGUACCAAGUUUACUAAGAUUACGUUCCACUAAAAGUCUCUGGAUAAAUAUGAAUACUUUGUGUUGUACUUUACAUUUUCCUUUGCAAUACUUACAAUAUUAAUGUCAGUAAUAAUUGUACCCAGAUUAAAAUUAAAAGUCUCCCUCUGUAUGAACCACCGGCGCCGGAUGGGCCCCAUUUAUGAUUAUUGAAUUGAAUUCGUCACCCACAAAAAGGACACACCGUAGUUCAGUGGUUUCCAAAGAUUUUCUGGGCCCCCCAUAGAUAACAAUAAAAUCCCCCAAAAAAGAAACAUAAAUCCACUGGGCUCACGUUGUUCAACCAGACAGAAACUUUUACACAUAUUUCAUUUUCAAACUCCACUGAAGUUUAUUUCACACUUCAAGUUGCAGCAAAACAAACUACAAACCGUCUUUACAGUGAAACACUUCUGUGCAACUGUUUUUAUUUUUUGUUCAUCCAUACCCGUCCCCCCCUGUAAUGGCACUGCGCCCCCCAUAGGGGGCGCCCCACACUUUGGGAACCAUUGCCUAGUUUAACAUCUUGGUGUUUAUUCUAACUGAAAAUGUUUAGCACGCUUAGCUUCACCUCAAUUGGUUUUUCUGGAUAACAGCAGCAGAUUCGUUCCUCGUCACAAUCUCUCUUUCUGAAAACUUCAUUUCAAAUAAGAAACAGAAGCAAAGCUAAACAUGGACAACAGAACAAGAUACAAACAUAAAGACAAUAUUUAAGGGCAUUAUAGAACAUGUAAAUUGUGCUUUUUGUUCAAGUUAGUACUUUAGCAUUAGCUCCUGCUAAAUACCUUGUUGGCGUAACAGCUUAGCAUUAGCAGAAGUAAUGAUAAUGAUUAGCGCUUUAGGGUUAGCGCAGCUACCUGUUUAGCUAGCAGUGCCCACCACUGCCAGUGUGGAGAAAUGGAGUAGCUGAGUGAAUGUGGAGCAGAGGUCAUCAGGAUAACUGCUGGUCCAACGCCGGGCUCACAGCGCCAAGCUGCUGGACUCCAACAUGGAAACGUCACCAACGGCUGGAAGACCGGCAGAACGGUUCUGAGCGGCCCGGUGCCGUUAGCUUGAUGCUCUCUAGCCUGGAUGCUGGCUAGAGAGCAUCAAGCAGCAGGUGACCAAUCAGAUCACUUCAUUUAGAACUGAUGUGAGGUAUGACAUCAUCUUUAGGGGUCGUCACAUCUCAACCUGACCUUAGCAUCCGCCCUCUUUAGCCGAUCCAUGACGGGUUCAGAAGUUUUCACUUUCCUGUCUGGUCUGAAAGCUUGGCUCUUCUUCGCCGCAGUUCUGGAGAAACGCAGGUUCUGGCACGUUUCACCAGAACCCGUCCAGACCAGGAGACCCGGGUUGGUUUGGCAGCCAGCAGCUAGCCAGAGGACGACCGCCUGCUUCCUCAGCCAAUCCCUGACCGUCUCCGAAGUGUUGCUGUUUUCUGGGAUGAGAUGAUCGGUGAACGUUUCCCAGCGGUUUGAAAAUCAGAAAUGUUCUCUUUUGUACUUUAGUUGUUUUCAGAUCCUGGUUGGUCAGGAACCUGUCAGCUGGUUGUUCACAGUAAGUUUUCCUUUAAGGAAGUUUUCCCGUCUCAGCGACUCCCUCGAUGUGUUUCUGCAGAGGGAGCGUCCGUUUGUCCCACCGUCCCUGAAGAACCUGGUGAUUUCACGGACUGCUGCUGUGGAGAUUGUCGAUGCAUGCCUGAUAUGUUCGAUGUUGAAACUGAAUCAGAAAAAAAGUUGAAAAUAAUGAAAUUGUCGAAGCACAGCUGAUUCCUCACGUCUGCUCUGAAAUGUAACGUUCUUUUCUUUGGUUCCUGUUCUUCAUUGUUGGUUCCUCGGAUACUUUCUGCAGAACUUGGAUUUUCCUGGAGAGGCUCUGGGAAACAGAGGAAGUUGAGUAUAUAUAUUUAAAAAGAAAGCAUGUAUGUUUUCUACUGUUUGUACCUGGUAUUUUCCUGUUGCCCUUGCUGCUUCUGUGCCAACGUUGUGGGAGGGAUUUACAUUUGGCCACUCAUGCAACUAUUCUGUGGUGUUGUCUAAGAAUGUAUUAACAUGAAAUAAAAGCAUUUGUUAUUUUUUCUA